AUGCCGACAUAUCGUGUUGAAGAAGCCAGCACAGGCCGUGCUGGCUGCAAGAAUAAGGAAUGUCAAGACAAGAAGGAGAAGAUCCUAAAGGGCGAGCUACGUUUGGGAUCAUGGGUAGAUACCGAACGGUUCCAGAGCUGGUCGUGGAAGCACUGGGGAUGUGUCACUCCAAGGCAGGUUUCCACCCUGCAGGAGAUAGUUGGCGAGGAUAAGAACUUCUCGGAUCUUGAUGGUUUCGAUGAAAUUUCCGCCGAAAACCAAGACAAGAUCCGCGAAGCGGUAGAACAUGGACAUGUCGCAGAUUCCGACUGGAAAGGCGAUGUUGAGGUGAACCGACCGGGAAAGUCGGGUUUCAGGGUUCGAGCUUCCAAAAAAAAGGAAGAUGCAGAGGAUGCACCACAAAAUGACACUACUAAGACUACAAAGCGCUCGCGUGGUAAAAAGAAGAAAGAAGAGACCGAGUCUGAGGAUGAGAAUGAAGCGGAGACAGAUUUAAAACCGGUCUCUAAGAAGAGAAAGACUUCGCUCUCUAAAAAGAAGGCUAUCGACUCUAAACCAGAACCAGAACCAGAACCAGAACGUGAGGGCGAGGACGAGGGCGAAGGAGAAGGGGAGGGGGAGGAAGCGCCCGAUUCUGGCAAUGAAGCGAAAAAAGAGACAAAACCUCGCCGCAAAUCCACUAGCAAAAAGAGGAAUACCGAUGAGGAUAAGGAGCCGAAGGCUGCGAAACCGAAGCGUUCCCGGAUAGCCGCUGAGAAAGCAGAACCAAGGACGACGCGGGUGACCCGCUCAAGCCGUAAAUCUGGGUAA